AUGCCUAACCCGAAUACAGCAGAUUACUUGGUGAAUCCGAAUUUCAAGACCAGUAAAGGGGAGUCCUUGUCACCAACACCGGAGGCAUUUAAUGAUACGCGAAUUAUAGCACCAGCUACCCUGCGCAUGAUGGGCAAACAAUUCGGGUCAAGGAAUGACCAACAACAAGCACCGUUAAUGCCUCCUGCAGAUAUCAAACAAACUAAAGAGCAAGUAACCCAAAGACAAAAUGAUGCAUCUAGGCCUAAUAGUUAUAAUAACAGUAAUCUGAAUGGUAGUAUGGAAUUAAGGCAAUUUCAUAGAAGGUCUCUGGGAGACUGGGAGUUUCUCGAAACGGUAGGUGCGGGCUCUAUGGGUAAAGUUAAAUUAGUUAAGCAUCGUCAAACAAAGGAGGUUUGUGUGAUAAAGAUUGUUAAUAGGGCCUCCAAGGCUUAUCUUCACAAACAACACUCUUUACCUUCUCCGAAGAAUGAAAAUGAAGUACUCGAGAGACAAAAACGGCUAGAAAAGGAAAUUGCGAGGGAUAAAAGAACUAUUAGGGAAGCCUCUUUGGGCCAAAUUCUUUACCAUCCUCAUAUAUGUCGUUUGUUUGAAAUGUGCACCAUGUCAAACCAUUUUUAUAUGCUUUUCGAAUAUGUUUCUGGUGGACAGCUAUUGGAUUAUAUAAUUCAGCACGGUUCUUUAAAGGAGCAUCAUGCCAGAAAAUUUGCUAGGGGUAUCGCCAGUGCAUUGCAAUACUUACAUUCCAAUAAUAUUGUUCAUCGAGAUCUGAAAAUCGAAAAUAUAAUGAUAUCCAGUUCAGGAGAAAUUAAAAUUAUUGAUUUUGGUCUCUCUAACAUUUUUGAUUAUAGGAAACAAUUACAUACUUUUUGUGGUUCUUUAUACUUUGCCGCACCAGAACUAUUAAAAGCACAGCCUUACACAGGGCCUGAAGUAGAUAUUUGGUCAUUUGGUAUUGUUCUUUAUGUUUUGGUCUGCGGUAAAGUACCAUUUGAUGAUGAAAACUCAAGCAUCCUACAUGAGAAGAUUAAAAAAGGCAAAGUGGAUUAUCCCUCGCACUUAUCCAUUGAAGCUAUAUCUUUAUUAACCAAAAUGAUCGUUGUGGAUCCAUUAAGAAGAGCGACUCUAAAAACUGUCGUUGACCAUCCGUGGAUGAAUAGAGGUUACGAUUUUAAGGCACCAUCAUAUAUUCUUAAUCGCGUACCAUUAACCCCAGAAAUGAUAGAUGGCCAAGUCUUGAAGGAAAUGUACCGUCUAGAAUUCAUUGACGAUAUUGAGGAUGCAAGAAGAUCGUUGAUCCGAUUAGUCACUGAAAAAGAAUACAUUCAACUUUCCCAAGAAUAUUGGGAUAAGUUAUCCAACGCCAAAGGGUUAAGUUCAAGUUUAAACAACAACUAUCUUAAGCCAACGGCACAGCAGAGUUUAGUACAGACACAAAUUACAAAUACUCACCUGCCAAGUAAUUCUAAUGAACCGGAUAGUAAUUUUGAAGACCCUACUUUAGCAUAUCAUCCGUUACUAUCAAUAUACCAUUUGGUUUCAGAAAUGGUUGCACGUAAAUUAGCAAAGUUACAAAGAAGGCAAGCUAUGGCUCUUCAAGCGCAGACACAACAAAGACAGCAGCAGCAGCAGCAAAUGGCACCAGAUAGUAAGGUCACCCUGGUUAAUACCUCUUCAGCAAUGAUGAAUAAAACAAGAAGCCCACAGAAGGCAUCAGUAUCCAAUGCUGACAUUUUCCAAGUACCUGCAAUCGCAACACCGGGAUCCUCGAAUAACUCCAAUUCUCUAAACAAACCCCCAUUACAUGUAAUUGUUCCUCCAAAAUUAACAGUACCUGAGCAAGCACAUACUUCACCAACAUCUAGGAAUAUCACAGACAUCCACACAGAAUUAAAUGAUGUUUUGAAAGCAAGUCCUGGCCCUGUAACUGGCGAGUAUCAACAACGUUCAGCUUCACCCGCAGUAGGAGAACAGCAAGAGAGAAACACAAUAGGUGGAAUAUUCAGAAGAAUAUCACAAAGCGGACAGUCUCAAUACCCCUCACGGCAACAAGAACCUCUUUCAGAAAGACAACCUCAAUCAUAUAUGUCAAAACCAAAUGAACAUUCUGUCAAAGUACCGAAAAGCCAUGCUCGGACUAUAUCAGAUUAUAUUCCUAGCGUUAGGAGAUAUCCAUCCUAUAUGGCAAACUCACUUGACUCAAAGCAGCGUAAUUCAGUAAAGAAUACUACUAUAAUACCUCCAAUAAAAACAGCAUCACAAAAACAAAGUAGCGGCCUUCCCGCUUUACCUCAGAACGCCGACUUGAUUGUUCAGAAACAGCGACAAAAGAUACUCCAGGAAAACCUUGAUAAAUUACGAAUUGAUGAUAAUGAUAGUAACAACGAUGUUAACACUGUAGUUGAUGGCAUUAAUAAUGAUAACGGCGACCAUUAUCUCUCUGUUCCGAAGAGCCGCAAGUUACAUCCUAGCGCAAGGGCUAAAUCAGUGGGACAUGCUCGCCGGGAAUCUUUGAAAUUUACUAGACCACCUAUACCAGCUACCGUUCUACCGUCAGAUAUGAAAAACGAUAAUGGCUUUUUGGGAGAAGCAAACCAUGAGAGGUACAAUCCUGUAAACAAGAACUUUUCGACUGUACCCGAGGACUCUGCGACAUAUAACAAUAAUAGUAUUGAAAAUUCUAGUAACGGACCUCUUCCAGUUUAUUCCCAAGAGCUUACUGAGAAGCAAAUCUUGGAAGAAGCUUCAAAGGCCCCUCCUGGAUCCAUGCCAUCAAUUGAUUAUCCAAAGUCAAUGUUUUUGAAAGGCUUUUUCUCCGUUCAAACAACUUCUUCUAAGCCACUGCCAAUUGUUCGUCAUGAUAUUAUAUCUGUUCUAACAAAAAUGAGGAUUGAGUUUAAAGAAGUGAAAGGAGGUUUUAUAUGUGUUCAACAAAGGUCACCAGUUGCUGAUUCUGUAGUUCCUAUAAUAAAUACAACCGACGUAGGUUUCGAUUCUGGAAAGGUGAUUGAUCUGCAAAAUAGUUUGGACAGCAAAUUAUCAAGUAGUUACCAUAGUGCAACCUCCACGGCAUCAAGAAACAACUCAAUAAAGCGCCAAGGUUCUUGUAAAAGGGGCCAGAAUAAUAUACCACUGACACCUUUGGCAACUAAUACGCAUCAAAGAAAUUCAUCAAUUCUACUAUCUCCAACUUAUGGAAACCAAAGUAAUGGUACUUCUGGUGAGCUAUCUUCGACGUCCUUGGAGUACGUUCAACAGCAGGAUGAUAUUUUGACAACAUCAAGGGUCCAAAACAUAAAUGACAUAAAUGGCCCACUCGAGCAUAACAACGCUUACAGUAAUAAAGAAAGGCCUCCCAUUCGGUUUGAAAUUCACAUUGUGAAAGUUCGUAUUGUCGGCUUAGCAGGUGUACAUUUUAAAAAAGUUUCUGGCAAUACCUGGUUGUAUAAGGAACUAGCAUCGUAUAUUUUGAAAGAGUUAAACCUAUAG